CAUGAUGAUGCUGAGCGCGGUGCGGGCGGAAGCGGGUGGGAUGAUGGCGGCGGUGCAGCGGGUCGCUAGUAAAUGGCUCUUUACCCGAGAACAGCUCGAAAACACGCCGUCCCGCCGCUGCGGAGUCGAGCCCGACCGCGAGCUCUCGUACCGACAGCAAGCCGCCAACCUCAUCCAGGACAUGGGACAAAGAUUGAACGUGUCCCAGCUUACAAUCAACACAGCAAUCGUCUAUAUGCACAGAUUUUACAUGCUUAAUUCCUUCACAAAAUUCCAUAGAAAUAUUAUCUCUCCCACUACACUGUUUUUGGCUGCUAAAGUGGAGGAGCAGCCUAGGAAACUUGAACAUGUCAUUAAAGUAACGCAUGCUUGUCUGAACCCCAAUGACCCUCCACUGGAUACUAAGAGCAAUGUCUAUCUCCAGCAAGCUCAAGAGUUGGUGCUAUUAGAGACAAUAGUCCUACAGACACUCGGGUUUGAGAUAACGAUAGAGCAUCCACACACAGAUGUGGUGAGAUGUUCCCAGCUAGUGCGAGCGAGCAAGGACUUGGCCCAGACAUCCUAUUUCAUGGCUACCAACAGUCUUCACCUGACCACCUUCUGUCUCCAGCACAAACCCACAGUUGUGGCCUGUGUCUGCAUUCACCUGGCAUGCAAAUGGUCCAACUGGGAGAUUCCAGUCUCUUCAGAUGGGAAACACUGGUGGGAAUAUGUGGACCGGUCUGUGACUCUACAGCUGCUUAAUGACCUGACACAUGAGUUUCUUCAGAUCUUGGAAAAGACACCAAGCAAAUUAAAAAGAAUCCGUAACUGGCGGGCCACACAAGCUGCCAAGAAGCCAAAACUCGACAACCAAUCAAUGGACAGUUCCUUCCAGUCACCUUCUCUGAACCAGGACAACUCAUUGAUGGGGAAUAUGUGUGACCUCAGAGGUGGUAUUUAUUCAGAUCUGUCCACUGCUUUUCCAUUGGACACGGCGUCGAUGACUCUCAACGGCCUGUCGACCCUUCAGAGUUCCACUUUUAGCUUUCCUGCACCGAUCGCCCAGAGCGCAGAUGCUUUCUUGGCGCUCCAGGCGGCGCCGGUAAACAAACACGGACAUAGUUCUGCAUCUCUCGGCCCUCAGAAACUCACCCUAGAGAAAUACAGAGAAAAGCAUGCCGCCGAAUUAGAACAAAAACGGCGACACGAAGACGACGACAGUGACCAGCAUCGAAAACACGGCCAUUUGUCGUCCGAGUCAUCGUCGUCCGGAUCGGGCAGGAUGAAGCAUUCUCAAGCACAGGAGCGAACGAAGAGUGGUUCACUCAAGCGCCGCCACCCAUCCUCAGCUGAGAACGGCUCGGCCAAUCAGGAGGAGCUGAAGAUGAAGAUUAAGGUUUCGUCCGAAAGCAGCAAGGGACGCCACAGUCCGCGCUCCGGCCGCGAGAAACAUCGCGAGCAUUCGUCGCACAAAGCGCGAAGCGAUUCAUCGCACACGCACAGUAGCCACCACCAUCAUCACAACCAUCACCACCAUUCAUCCAAAACUCACAGAUCUUCCAAAAGCCACUCCUCCUCUGCCUCUGUACCUGUCAAUCAACCGCUAGGCCAUGCCCAUUUGCCGAAGAUUGACAGGAGGCUGGGGGAGGGGCAUAGUUCUGAGGGCGGUGCUGCUUUAAUUAAUAACGGUCCACAUAUGAAUUACGAAGACACUUUCAAUAUGCUUGAUUCCUUAUUGAACGCACACAACUUUUAAUCAAGCGCGUUACGUAAAACCUCAGACGUGAGAUAAUUUAUGCAAGAAUAACUCGUCUGUUAUGUCAUAGUCACUUUUUGGAUUUAAUCAUGUUUAUAACUAAAAAAAAAAGAAAAAACUACGUGAAGGUUGUGUUACAGAGUGAUUUUAUGAUUUUAUUGCUUUUAAUGAGAUGUAAUGCAGAUAGUGAACCGCCUCUGGCGAUCCGAAUCGGUUUUAGACUGUAAAAUGCAAUGUGAUGAAGUGAAUAUGUAUAUGUUUGUUUUUUUAUGCUCUAUUCACUUUUCUCCGUUAAUCAAAGGGAUGAAAAAGAAACGUGUGACUGUUUACAAAAAAGGAAGGUGCGGAUAUCUGUUCACUAUUAUUAUUUGUGUGGAUAUAUCUAUGUCUAAAUAUAUUUCACGAACGCUCAGGUUUGGAGGUCCUUAAAGGAAAAACGUUAGUCAAAUUUUAACUUGAUAACGCAAACUUUGAAGAUUAUAGCGCUAAUUUCAUGUUUACCGAACGCAAAUUGCCUGUACACAGAUUCCACUAUACCACUCUCCUCAUAUUGUAUAUUUAACAUAAUGUAGUUAUCUAUUUUGUGUUGUUAUCUUCCGAUAGAUAAGUGUGACCUUGUCGUGCAUGGGGUCAUUUUGCAUAGUAAAUGUUUUGUCUUAAAGUUUUAUCAUGAAAUUUUUAUUGUCGUAAUUCCGCUUUAUCGACCCUUUAAAGUAGUGGUUUUGUGGAAUCUGUUUUUUUCCGACAAGAAAGAAUUGUGAAUUUUUUUUCAUUGUGUACCAGAUUUGAACGGUCGAGAUCACGUCCCAGAAUCCUCAGCUGAUCUUUUCUGUUCAUUGCGGUGUACUUGAGCCUUAACUGUGCGAUAGAGAUUUGCAGACUGUGUGUCUGUGUCCUCUCAUCUGCGAUAGGGAAUCGGUCCCUGCUGUCUCAGUAUUUGACUCGUUUUAUCAUUUCUGUUCCCGUCUACUUUUAUUGGCCGCUGCCGGUUUUCUGCUCCCUUAAGAGUUUGGGGACCAUUUUUAAGGGGUUUGUUUGGCCAAGAGAUGAUCAAUUCUGGCAAAACACUUUGGAUCGUGGGUUUUAUAGACUCCUGGUCGCCCACUUGAAAUGUUUUGUUGUGCUGUUAUAAUCUCCAUUUAACAGAUACCAAAGGUUGUGCCUAAAUGUUUGCGUCCUCACACACUUGCUGUAUGAGCUUUUCCCAUUCUUUCUGAUUUUAAUUUUUAUUUGGAAUGCCACAGUUCUUUAUUAUAGUAUUAGAUCUGAGUAUCUGUAUGGAUGAGAUGUUGGAUUGUCUAAUAAACAUCCACGAAAAUUGUU